AUGUCUGCUCCAGCUGCUGCUCCAGCUAACGCCAAUGGCGACAAAAGAGGUGGCUUCGGCGGCCGUAACAAGGGUCGUCAACAAAGAAGAGGUAGAAGAGACCAAGAAGAGAAGGGAUGGGUCCCAGUGACCAAGCUCGGUAGACUUGUCAAGGCCGGUAAGAUCUCCUCUGUUGAAGAAAUCUUCUUGCACUCUAUGCCUGUCAAGGAGGUGCAAAUCAUUGACACUUUGUUGCCUACUUUGAAGGACGAGGUCAUGAACAUCAAGCCUGUCCAAAAGCAGACCAGAGCUGGUCAAAGAACCAGAUUUAAGGCUGUUGUUGUUGUUGGUGACUCCAACGGUCACGUUGGUCUAGGUAUUAAGACUUCCAAGGAAGUUGCUGGUGCCAUCAGAGCCGGUAUCGUCAUUGCCAAAUUGUCUGUCAUUCCAAUCAGAAGAGGUUACUGGGGUAACAACUUGGGUCAACCUCACUCUUUGGCCACCAAGACCUCCGGUAAGUGUGGUUCCGUCACCGUCAGAUUGAUCCCAGCCCCAAGAGGUAAGGGUAUCGUCGCUUCCCCAGCUGUCAAGAAGUUGUUGGAAUUGGCCGGUUUGGAAGAUGUCUACACUUCUUCUAACGGUUCUACCAGAACUUUGGAAAACACUUUGAAGGCUACUUUCGUCGCUAUCGGUAACACUUACGGUUUCUUGACCCCUAACUUGUGGGCUCAACAACCUUUGCCAGUGUCUCCUUUGGACAUCUACGCUGACGAAGCUUCUGCUCAAAAGAAGAGAUUCUAA